AUGCUUUCCGGUCGUGAGAAGCCGCGCCUGGGCAUGGACGGACCACAGGAGAGGGAGUCAGACGGGGUCGUGGAGAAGGAGGCAGGGAAGAGGGUCGCGGAUAAGGAGACGGCGAAGAAGGCGGCAGACAAGGAGACAGGGAAGGCUGAGAGCAACCGCGGAGGGAAGCGGCAGAAAGGUCUCGCGGUCCUUAGUGUCACCGACAUCCUGAAGAGCAAGGGGGGCGCGGUCGAUCUGCGUGCAGGUACAAGCAACAUGGACGCGUGGGCAACUGUGGUGGGGAAGGAGGCGGUAGGCGAAGAGCCUGAUGUCACUGUCGCCCAGGAGAGCCUGUUUGCCGGUGCGGUCACGUGCGCGAUUGCGAUGGUGUGGGAGACCUGCAACAAUCUCGAUCUUAAUGGAAUUGCGGAUGCUGGAUUCGUGGCGGCGCUAUGUGCAGGCACCCCCGAAGAAAAGGCCCGCGGAUACCCCUCUAUUGUGCUGGCGAUCUUCAAGAGGGCCAGGAGUGAGAGUACUCGCCAGCACACGACCGAGGUCACGCCGAAGCAGGUCGCGGAGGCUAUCGAGUCCGCAGUCAUGAACCGGCUUGGAGGGCCCCUUGGGGAUCCCUCCCUAGUCACCAUGGUCGCGCACGAGGAAGUCGACAUGUUGAUGACAUGGUGCGACAGCAAGAUCACGGCCAAGCUGAUGGAGGCCAACAGGCUCUACCUUGCUCUGCCUGAGAAGUGCUUGUCUGCGAAGAAGAGGUCCACGUAA